AUGGCGGCUUUGGGGAACCCCUUGAUAUGCCAUGCAAACUUAACUGGGGCGGAGAGUGGCUGGAGCGGAGAGUGGCUGGAGCGGAGAGGUGCUGGAGCGGAGAGGGGCUGGAGCGGAGAGGGGCUGGAGCAGGGGCUGGAGCGGAGAGUGGUUGGAGCGGAGAGGGGCUGGAGCGGAGAGUGGUUGGAGCGGAGAGUGGUUGGAGCAGAGGCUGGGGCGGAGAGUGGCUGGAUCGGAGAGUGGCUGGAGCAGAGGCUGGAGCGGAGAGGGGCUGGAGCGGAGAGGGGCUGGAGCGGAGAGUGGAUUGGAAAGGGGCUGGAGCGGAGAGUGGUUGGAGCGGAGAGUGGUUGGAGCGGAGAGUGGUUGGAGCGGAGAGUGGUUGGAGCGGAGAGUGGUUGGAGCGGAGAGUGGUUGGAGCAGAGAGUGGCUGGAGCGGAGAGUGGUUGGAGCGGAGCAGUGGCUGGAGCGGAGAGGGGCUGGAGCGGAGAGGGGCUGGAGCGGAGAGGGGCUGGAGCGGAGAGUGGCUGGAGCAGAGGCUGGAGCGAAGAGGGGAUGGAGCGGAUAGGGGCUGGGGCGGAAAGGGGCUGGGGCAGAGAGGGGCUGGGGCGGAGAGGGGCUGGGGCGGAGAGGGGCUGCCACGGACAAAGUUAUCGUGAUGAAACUCUUCGACACCAAAAUAUCGUACUUUGA